AUGGCUGCUCGAGAGGAAAAGAAUCAAGAAGCAACUGUAUACUUGGGAAAUUUAGAUGAGCGCGUGACCGAUUCAAUUCUAUUUGAGCUGUGUUUGCAAGCUGGUCCUGUUGGGAAUAUUCAUAUCCCAAGAGAUCGCGUCCGAAACAGCCAUAAUGGGUUUGGUUUCUGUGAGUUCGUAAACGAACAAGAUGCUGAAUAUGCGUGCCAAAUUUUCAAUCAAAUCAAGAUAUAUGGAAAGCCACUGCGGGUGAAUAAAUCGAGUCAAGAUAGAAAUACAGGAAGCUUGGUAGGUGCCAACCUCUUUAUUGGUAAUUUGGAUCCUCUGGUCGAUGAGCGCGUUUUAUAUGAUACCUUUUCUGCUUUGGGUCAAUUAAUCAAAACACCACAAGUUGUUCGUGAUGAUAGUGGUCGCUCAAAAGGUUUUGGAUUUGUGAACUUUGAUAGUUUUGAGACCGCGGAUGCCGCCAUUGAAGCAAUGAACAACCAAUUUUUAAUGAACAAACCCAUCACCGUUUCUUAUGCAUAUAAACGAGAAGGAAAAGGUGAACGACAUGGUGACCUGGCUGAAAGAAAGUUGGCUGCUGCCGCCAAGAAAAACAAAGUUGCAAUUACUCCACAAUCUACACUUCCCCCUGGGUUCACUCCUGCUGAUCCUUCUUCCACUGCUGCUUCCUCUGGUUCAGCUACUCCCAACGUCGCACCCACUGCCAUUCCUCCUAUUCCCGUUAUGGGAGCUAAUGCAACUGCACCUAGCGUUCCCCUUCCUGGCGCAAUGCCAUUCGCAAGUCCACAGGUAUUCCCCCCAAUGCCAAACAUGGCGCCCAUGAUGAACAUGCCCUUUAACCCUAUCGGUUCUGCUAUGAUACCUCCUCCUCCUCCUCCUGGAAUGAUGAUGAAUGCCCCACCAUCUACCGUUUCUGUUCCUGGUAUGCCACCGAUGCCUGCUUAUCAAGUACCAUCCCAAUCAAAUCAACAAAAUCGGUGA